AGAGUGUCAGUUACAAAUUAAGAAGCCAGUGAGUAACAAUAACUCGCGAAAGUUUCUGUAAAAUUGUUAACAAUGUGUGAUAAAGAAAACAUAAUUUUUGGUGGGGAAGGCAUGAUAGAUUUUUCAAGAUCAUUUACAACUCUGGGGGAAUUUAUAUAUUUUCACCUGAGCAAAAAUCAGGAUAAAAAUGGAAUGAUUGAUGGAAUUACUGGAAGGAAAACGUCUUAUUCCGAAAUUAAGGAGAAAGCCCUCAGUUUAGCAGAAUUUCUCCGCCAAAUUGGAAUAAAGGAAGGAGAUGUCAUUGGGAUUUGUAGUGAAAAUCGCAUAGAAUUCACAAUUACUAUGUAUAGUGCAUUUUUUGUUGGAGCAGCGAUAGUUGGAAUGAAUUAUCUUUACAAAGAAGGUGAAUUGAUUCAUACCUUUCAAAUGACUCAACCCAAAAUAAUUUUCUGCUCACAAUUCGCCACUGAGAAGGUCCUGAAUACUUCUAAGAAAUUCCCAUUUAUCGAGAAUGUUAUACAAUACGGGGGUACAGCGUUAGUCGAUGGGAUUUAUGCCUUUGACAAUAUUUUGAAGGAUAAGAAAUAUGCAAAAACCGAAAAGGAAUUUGUAUGUCCAUCGAAGGAUCUUAAUAGAACUGCAGUAAUUUUACUGUCUUCAGGGACAACAGGACUCGCAAAAGGAGUGGAAGUCACUGAACGUAAUCUCAUGGCCUCGCUGGGAAUCUUCAAUGAAUUCUGGAAAACCCUGUACAAUGAAAGGGAAUUGACCAGCAUAAACUGCACACCGUGGUUUCAAACACUGGGUUUCCAUUCGCAAAUUACUUGCUUAGUCGAGAACUUUACUUUGAUAUUCCUGCCUAGAUUUGAAGAACGUCCAUUCUUGAACUGCAUUGAAAAGUACAAAGUCACUCAUCCAAUAAUGGUCCCUUCCAUGGCUCUGUUUUUGGCUAAAAGUCCCCUUGUGAUGGAGUAUGAUCUAUCCAGUCUGGAAGAAUUGAUUUGUGGAGGAGCUCCUCUGAGCAAGGAAUUGGAAGAUAAUGUUAACUCCAGAAUAUCUAAUCUCCAAGGUAUUCGUCAAGGAUUUGGACUUUCAGAAACAACACUUAUGGUCACAAUAAGUUGUGACUCAGAAACUAAAAAAGGAAGUGUUGGAACAGUCACAAAAGGAACCUACUGCAAAGUUGUUAAUUCUGAAACUGGAAAGAAUCUUGGACCCAAUGAAAUCGGAGAGCUGUACUUCAAGGGUCCACAAAUCAUGAAGGGUUAUAUUGGAAAUGAUGCUGCUACGAAGGAAACAAUCGAUUCUGAAGGAUGGCUUCGUACUGGAGAUCUUGGGUAUUACGAUGAUGACAAAUACUUCUUUAUUGUGGAUCGGAUAAAAGAAGUGAUCAAGUUUAGGGCAUGUCAAGUACCACCAGCUGAACUAGAAGCUCUCCUUCUAGCUCAUCCCAAAAUAGCUGAUGCUGGUGUCACUGGGAUUCCCAAUGAAGCUGAUGGAGAGCAUCCAAUGGCUUUUGUGGUAAAGAAACCAAAUGUGGAAGUCACUGAACAGGAGAUAAAGGACUACAUUGAGGAAAUUGUAACUGACAUCAAAAAACUAAGGGGAGGAGUAAAAUUUGUAAACCAAAUACCUAAGAAUGCAACUGGUAAAAUUCUAAGGCGAGAGUUAAAAAAAUUAAUUAAAAGUUUGUAAUUCCAAAUAGAACAGAGGAAAAUAUCAGUACCUUUUUACUAAGGGAUGGAACUGAAAUUAAUAUAUCAUAUGUUCAAUUGAAGUUCUUUCUCUGAAGAUUAGUAUAUUUCAGUAAAUUGUUCCCUAAAUGGAUGAACUGAUGUUAAUAAAUUAUCUAAUGGUGUUUGAAAGUAAACUUCCGUAUUGAA